UCUGAGCACACGCCUCCUCUUUCCACUUCCUCUCUCUCUCUCUGUCGCCGGCCCUUUUCAGUCUUUUCGCAGCCCCCCCCAAUCGGACGGCCCUCGCCCCUCCACGUCCCAUCGCCGUCUUCAUCUCCUCCUCAUCGGACUUCACCAUCGUCCUCAUCAUCUCUCUCUCUCUUUCCUUCUGUAUAUCCUUCUGUAGGCGCCGCAGCCCCACGCGUUUUUUUUUCAAUUGACCGCCCCUCGUCUAGGGUUUGCUCGCAUUCCGGGUUCGACGCCGCAAGCUUCAAACUUCCGGCAUCCUCCGCCGUGAAUUCGGCAUCGUCUCCGAUCAGUCAGUUUGUGCGUCCUUGAUCGACUCUCGGGUUCGAUUUGUUGGUCUUUAGUCCCUGGGGAGUUGCGAUUUUUGAACGUUGGUUUUGCGUUUUCUUGCCGCAGCCGGGGGAUGGUUUUGGCUCCAGAUUGGCGGAGCUGAAGUGCUUUUUGGGAAUUUGUGGAUGGUGGGUGGGGUUAAUCUUUGGCUCGGGCGGUUAUUGGGUGUGAUGGGUCAUGGCAAUUGAGAAGAAUAGUUUCAAGGUAUCGCGAUUCGAUUCGGAUUUUUCGCCUGUCAGUAGGGAGAGUAUGUCGAGCGAUGAGGAUGAGAUUCAGCAUAGGAGCUCAGCUGCCGAGUCCGAUGAGGAUGAUGAGUUCGAUGAUGCCGAUUCCGGGGCGGGGUCCGACGACUUUGAUUUGUUAGAAUUGGGCGAGACUGGGGCGGAGUUUUGCCAAGUCGGGAGUCAGACGUGCAGCAUUCCCUUCGAGCUGUAUGAUCUUCCCGGAUUGGAGGAUAUUCUAUCUGUCGAUGCAUGGAACGAGCUGCUCACUGAGGACGAAAGGUUAGGCCUUACAAAGUAUUUGCCCGACAUGGACCAAGAGACGUACAUGCUUACCUUGAAAGAACUCUUCACGGGCUGCAACAUUCAUUUUGGUAGCCCUCUAAAAAAGGUGUUUGACAUGUUGAAGGGAGGUUUGUGUGAGCCAAGGGUUGCCCUUUAUCGGGAAGGAUUGCAUUCUUUUCAGAAGCGGCAGCACUACCAUCUUGUAAGGAAACAUCAGAACUGCAUGGUAAGUAAUUUAUGUCAGAUAAGGGAUGCAUGGAAAAACUGCAGGGGUUAUAGUAUCGAGGAGAAGUUGCGAGUCCUAAACAUAAUGAAGACUCAGAAGAGCUUGAUGUCUGAGAAAGAAGACAUGAAUAGUGAACCUUCGGGAAGAGAUGACUUGGGUGAAGCAAUGUGGAGUAAGAAGGGCAAGGAUAGAAAGAUCUCACAGAAACUGGGUCGUAAUUCUCCAUAUAUGGCGGCUCCGACUUUUGAAUAUCCCUUGCAAGAGCAGGUGGUGGCUCCUCAACGAACGAAAAAUCCUAAGGGGACGCUGAAGUUGGGACGUUCAAAGACAACUUCAGCAAAAGAACGAGCGGGCGGCUUUCCUCCUAGUGACCACGGUCCUGAUCAUAGGGCUGGUCCAUAUGGUUCAGUAGUUCCUUCUCGUCUAACCAAGGCAGCAGGGUUUGAUAAAGGGGCUGGCCUCAGAAAAAGAGACCAGAUAAGAGGCGAUGAUGAAGCUGAGGAUCCUAUAUUUGGUGCAGGUCCUCGAAGAGAUCCAAGCAUCUCUAGGAGUAUGUUGAUAGACAAGCCUCCAUUUGUGAAAGUUGGAAAGAAGCAUGAUCUUCUUAAAAGUGAUGAUUUUACUGCUGACGGUUUUGUGGGCUUGCCUCUGUCCUCCAAGGGUGAUUUGCAUAUCUAUCGGAGGAGUAAACCUAUUGGUCAAUCUCCAGUAAUGAAGACAUUAGCUGUAAAGUCGCCUAAUCUGAAAGUUUCCCGAGACUAUGCCAAAAAAUCCAUCUACCUUGAAAAUACUGAGAGUUUCGCUGCUGAAGAUCAGAACAAGUCUGUAAAAGGCCGUGGUCGACAACCGCCGUUUAAAAGAAAUCGAGCGGACUUUUCUGGUCGCAGGACUAAGGGAGAAGCUUUGUCUACGGAUUUGAAGUUUGAUGAGGGUAAUGCUAAGAGCAAGAAGUGGAGUGCAGUGAGGGAAUCCCCUGAUAUUAGUUUGAAACCUCCAACAGAUUAUUCACCAAGUUUGAACCAUCGGUUCUUACCAUCUGAUGUCAAAGGAAAGUUUUCUCAGGGAAAGGGCAGAGGGAGUACUAGAAAGAAUAAGGGACUGGAUAUGGCAGUGUUGAGAGGCAAUAGCAUGGGAGUCAAUGGUGAAGUCACCGAGUCAGACUCAUCAGAUCUCUCUGAUGAUGAAGACAGCGAUCCUUUGGUGGGAAGUGAGUUUGCUUAUCCAGGUGGUUUCAUGGAUGUUUCCCAUUCUGCUGGGGUGAAGUCUGUUAUGUAUGGUAAAAGGGAGAACUUUUUUAAGGAUGACGUGGAAGAAAAUCCACGGCCAUUUGAGAGCACCAUGCACACAUAUAAUAACUUCGGCGAUCAGGUUGAAGAGAUUUAUAUCCCAGAGGAAGAAAGCUACUCUCUUAAAGCAAAGCAGAAGGGUAAGAUGCAAGAUAACAUGUCUGUACAGAAUUCUGCUAGAGUCAUGGAUAGCGGAUAUUUCUACGGUUCUGUUGACGAUGAUAGGAGAAAAUUCCAUGCCAAGAAUGGACGAAUGCAGGGCGAACCUGGUGAGAGGUACAACUUAUCGUCAUUGAAGGCAUACCCAUCAGGGGGGAAGCAAAGAGCUGAUGUGAGCCAUGGUGAUUACAUUGUUGAAAGAGAAGAUGAAGUAGCAAUGGAGCAAUGUUUUUCACCAGAUAAUGACUUGUAUCAAUCUGGGAAUAAAGGUAAGAAAGCUGAAGCAUAUUCGAAUGAUCAUCAUGAAAGAUUACCGGGCACUUUCCCUGGGUCCAACUCAUUGAAUAAGAAGCGGAAAAUAAAGGAGGAUGUUGUGUACAGGGACGAUCGAAAUGAGAAUGGUGGCUUGCAAACCGACGUUCAGCAGCAAAAUGACAAUACCAGUUCUGUAAAGAAACGAAUAAGAAAGAAGCCAGAUGCUGAUAACGGUCCUUCAGAAAAUGAAAUUUUGGAAAUGCCCAUCAUGGAGACAGUAAUUACAGAUGUAGAGUUUGAGAGCAAACCAAAGAAAAAGACAUUUACUUUGAUCACGCCAACGGUACAUACCGGCUUCUCAUUCUCCAUAGUACAUCUUCUUUCAGCAGUUCGAGUGGCAAUGAUUACAUUGCUUCCGGAAGACUCCAUAGCCAUUGUCAAACCUGUGGAAGAUCAGAACGGGGAACAUGAAGGUGGGGACAAUGAGCCGCUCUCUCAGAAGAGCAUGGCUACCAGUAACUCGGAGCAUGCUGCAGACAGUAAUGUUCCUUCUCUUACCAUCCAGGAGAUUGUGAAUCGCGUGAGAUCAAACCCUGGGGACCCUUGUAUUCUUGAGACACAGGAACCACUGCAGGAUUUGGUAAGAGGUGUUUUGAAGAUCUUCUCAUCAAGAACAGCACCUUUAGGGGCCAAGGGCUGGAAGGCACUAGUAGUGUACGAAAAAUCCACAAAAAGUUGGUCCUGGAUUGGCCCAGUGUCCUUUAGUCCAUCGGAUCAUGAUACCAUUGAGGAAGUAACUUCUCCUGAGGCUUGGGGCCUGCCACACAAAAUGCUUGUCAAGCUUGUUGAUUCGUUCGCAAAUUGGCUUAAAAGUGGUCAAGAAACCUUACAACAAAUAGGUAGUCUUCCUCCUCCACCUUUGGCCUUGGUGCAGUUUAAUUUGGAUGAGAAGGAUAGGUUCCGUGACCUUAGAGCCCAGAAGAGUCUCAACACUAUUAAUCCAAGUUCGGAGGAAGUGAGAGCUUAUUUUCGUAAAGAAGAAAUCUUGAGGUACUCAAUUCCUGACAGAGCAUUCUGUUACACGGCUGCUGAUGGUAAAAAGUCUAUUGUUGCUCCUUUGAGAAGGUGUGGUGGUAAGCCAACAUCAAAAGCCCGUGACCAUUUCAUGCUGAAACGUGAUCGUCCUCCGCAUGUUACUAUUUUAUGCCUUGUAAGAGAUGCUGCUGCCAGAUUGCCUGGAAGUAUUGGCACCCGUGCUGAUGUUUGUACUUUGAUCAGAGACUCCCAGUUUAUCGUUGAGGAUGUUUCUGAUGCGCAGGUUAAUCAGGUUGUUAGUGGAGCACUGGAUCGUUUGCAUUACGAACGAGAUCCUUGUGUACAGUUUGAUGGCGAAAGGAAAUUGUGGAAGUACUUGCAUAGGGAAAGGGAAGAAGAAGAUUUUGAGGAUGACGGUACAUCAUCUACUAAGAAAUGGAAAAGGCCAAGAAAAGAUGCUCCAGAGCAAUUUGACCAAGAAACGGUGACUGUUGCUUACCAUGUACCUGAGGAUCAAAUGGGAUUUGAUUUGUGUUCAGAUCUUAAUGCUGAGCCAUCUUGUGCUGAGGAUGACAGAGCAAUGGAGCCUGUGUGCGAUGACAUGAGACAGGAUGUAGAUGAUGACAUAUGCAAUGCUACUGAGCAAGCAAAUAUCCAUCAUGGUCCAUCAAUGGGAUGGGAAAGUCUGGACUUCAAUCCAACACAAGAAAAUAAAUUGCUGUGUCAAGAAAAUUCCACAAAUGAAGAUUUUGAUGAUGAUAGUUUUGGGCCAGAUAGGGCAGUCGGACUCUUAAGUCCUGGCUUGUUUUGAGGAAUAUGUCAGUCUUGCGUGGUGCCUUUGUGCAGUUAGUGUACUUGCUGUUGCUUUGGGGUUUACGUAAUAAGGCAGUCCCUGAUGCUUUUGCAGCCUUCAGUUUCUCCGUUGCUGAGAAGCAUGGUCUUUGCCAUUGAGGUUGGUUGUUCAGCGACGGUGCAAAACUUGCAUGUUGAUCUAUAUUAGUUUCUGGAGUACCAGAAUAAGUUGUUCAAGCUUACAGCUAUCCUUAUACACCUGAUCUUAUCGAUAAUUUCGCUUCUCUCUGACUUGUUUAUAUGAUCACUUCCAGCCCACUUCCAAGUCGACAAAGGUUGACAUGUUACAUUCAUGAUGAGAAGCUCAUGGUAUUCGACCACUUGCGGAGAGGGUUUAACCAUGUAAAUAUUUUUGUCAUUCUUAACAUGAGGUCAUUAGGGGGACAAGGUUUAGUUUAUUAUUGCUGUUGUUGUUAACAUGAGGUGACUAGGGUUAUGCAGAAACUUUGAAGCUCCCAGAUUUGCAUGUGUAGUUUGUUAGGAGAUUCUCCAUUAUGCACAGCAAUUUGAAGGACGGAGAAACCUCGUCUUGGUAAAGGAAGAUAACUGUUUAGUAUAUGCCAUUUGUAGUUAUGGUAAAGAUGAAUGUUUAGACGCCUUGUCUUGGCGCCUCUGCAUUUCUUCCUGCACUCAGUUCACAUUCUCAGAUGUCCACUGCCAUGAGUUGCAAAUAUAGCUUGCCUGCAAAUUUUAACCAGGCAAUGCUGAUUUAUUCUACAUUGAUUACGAAUAGCUGUUUGUCAAAAGGUUAACGAGACAACAGUGAACAUAUUAUUUGUCUU